AACCGCAUGCACGCAUGGGUGAUUUCAUUCUCACCGGUAUGGUAUAGACCGAAUUGAUCUAGUUUUAGUUUGUUGAAGAAGAACAUAAAUACUAUAAUGCAUGUUUACCGACUACAUUACUUUCACUCUAGAGGCAGGGGCGAAGUAGCAAGACUGUUAUUUCAUGCUGCAGGUCAGCAAUUUGAUGACGUCAAGUACAACCAAGAAGGAUGGCAGGCAUUUAAGCCAAAAACACCAUUGGGACAGUUACCAUGUUUAGAAAUUGAUGGAACUCUCUAUGCACAAUCCAAUGCUAUAAACAGUUAUCUGGCAAAAGAAUUGGGAUUUUAUGGCAAUGGAAAUACUGAUGCAUUAAAAGUAGACGUGAUUGUUGGUGUCAUUGGUGAUUUAAUUCCAAUUCUGAUCAGAAUAUUUUUCUUAGAGCAAGAUGAAACUAAAAAGAAAGAGCUUCUUAAUAAAUUGGUCACUGAAGACACUCCUAAAUUUUUCACCAAUCUUGAAACAAUUUUAAAAGCUAACAGGAAUGGCUAUUUCGUUGGUGAUUCGUUGACUCUAGCAGAUAUUGCGGUUUAUGACAUCACAGAUCCUUUACUUCAACAAAAAGAAGAUCUACUUUCAUCGUUCUCAUUAAUACAAGAAAACAGAAAAAAGGUGGAAUCCAACCCAGGUCUCGCCAGUUAUCUUAAAACUAGAAAAUAAAAUAUAUCUCCGGAUAACCCCAGCCAAUAGACACUAUCGAUAAUUGCGUAAAAUCCGAGUUGUAUUUAGUUAUACGUGUAUAAUGAUUUGUGAUAAAAAGAUCAUAAACACACAUAUUGUUGAGUUUAGUUCAAGGGCAUAGACCUACCCAAUUUAUGUUUCGUUCGAAUCAAUGUCGUACUUAAGGUAAUUCCAAACUUCUGAUAUAGAUAAAUGGUUGUUGUCCGAGAAACUACACAUGAACACGUGCACUGAAAGGCGGGAAAGUUAAAGCGUUUAUACAAUUUGGACUUAUGCUGUAAUGGUUAGUCUUUUGGAAUUACACAGCCCCUUUAGACGCGCAAGUUAAACUGAUU